AUGGAAGCCGGUGGUGAAGGGGUCUCUCUGGUCUGGUUCAAAAUGGACUUAAGGACAAAGGACAACCCAGCACUAUCCGCCGCAACACAAUGCGGCCUUCCCGUAGUCGCCAUGUUCCUCGUCAACGUCCCCGAAUGGGUCGGGCAUGACAUGGCCCCCAUCCGCGCAGAGUUUAUCAUGCGCAACCUCGACGUGCUGAAAGGCGAUCUAGCCGCGCUGAACAUCCCGCUCAUCAUUCAAAACGUCGCAGGCAAAGCCGACGACGCUUGCGACAUGGUAGUCACCGUCGCGCAAACCAUCGGGGCCAAAAAGGUGUUUUUCAACAUCGAGUUUGAGGUGAACGAGAAAAGACGAGAUGCAAAGACACGGAAAAUACUGGAAGGGAUGAACAUCGAGGUGCACCCCUUCCAGGACCAGUGCAUCGUCGACCCCGGCACAGUGCGGACAAACGAAGGCAGAGUGUACACCGUCUUCUCGCCCUUCAAGCGAAAAUGGUACUCCAUCGUGCACGACAACCCGCACCUCCUCCAAAGUUUCCCCGACCCCACCCCGAACCAAAAGGGCGCCCUCCAACAAUCCAUCCUGACCUACGCAGACCAGCACAGCACCCCACCCAAAGACCUCGCCAACCUCCCUUACGACCCCGAAAAACGCGCCCGCGCCGCCUCCAACUUCCCCGCGGGCGAGCACCACGCCCAGUCGCGCUUGCAACACUUCAUCGACCACAAAUCGAAAGUAUACCACACCACCCGCGACAACCUCACCGCCGACGGCACGUCCUCGCUCUCCCCCUACCUCUCCAACGGCGUCCUCACCAUCCGGCAAUGCGUGGCCGCCGCCGUGAACGCCAACAAAGGCCGGUUGGAUUCGGGAGACAAGGGGCUGACGAAGUGGGUGGACGAGCUGGUGUGGCGGGAGUUCUACAGACAUAUCCUGGUGGAGUUUCCAAGAGUGUCGAUGAGUCGCCCGUUCAAGCUGGAGACGGAGGCGAUACCGUGGCUGUAUGAUGAGGAGGUGUUUCGGCGGUGGUGUGAGGGAAGGACGGGGUAUCCGAUCGUGGAUGCUGGCAUGCGGCAGCUAAGCACCGUCGGCUGGAUGCACAAUCGCACGCGGAUGAUCACCGCGAUGUUCCUCACAAAAGACCUGCUCAUCAACUGGCAACACGGCGAGCGCUUCUUCAUGCAGCACCUCAUCGACGGCGACCUCGCCAACAACAACGGCGGGUGGCAGUGGUCGGCGUCCACGGGGGUCGACCCGCAGCCGUAUUUCCGCAUCUUCAACCCGCGGCUGCAGAGCGUGAAAUGCGACCCCGACGGGAGCUAUAUCAGGACGUGGGUGCCCGAGUUGGGGAGGUUGAGGGGGAAGGCCGUGCAUGAUCCGUAUGGGGAGAUGCCGAGGGACGCUUUUAUGAAGUUGGGGUACCCGGCACCUAUAGUUGACCAUAAGUUUGCGCGUGACCGCUGUUUGCAGGUGUUCAAGAAGGCGCUGAAGAAGGGCUGA